AUGGAGGAGGCAUACGACAUAACAUUCUACAUAGAAGAGAUGUACGAUGCAACAGUGGAAAGGGUGAAGGAUGGAGCUGGGGAGAGGCCCAUGUCCUUUUUUAACAUCACUUGCUUUGCUAGGAGUAAUUACUGGACAAGUAAUGUACAUAUGUACAAUCCCCAUGUGACGGACAUUGCAGUAGCGGCUUUCCUGGGUCGCUACUGUGAUGUCACGUCAGGAGCGAGGUAUGUGAAGGAUUCUCUUGGUUUCUGGAAUGGCCGUUGUCAAUACUAAGUGCUACUCAGACCAGACCAGGGUGGAUUCGAGGGCUUUCUGCACCUCCCUGCAAUCUUUUCCCUAGGAGCAGAAAGGGGUAUGUUAUUUUAUGCCCGUCAGCCACCGUUUUGCAGAAUGUGCAGGGAAUAUGGGCAUGCUAAGGCCUCGUGUGGUACUCGGAAGUGUCGGUUUUGCUAGUCCUAGGUCCAAAGGAGUGCCACGGGUGUGGCAAUUGGCAGCACCUGUUCCAGGAUUGCCAUGCUCGUCAGCGCUCAUAUGCUGCAGCUGAUGCUGGGGGAAAGGCAGCAGGAGGACCAGAUGUAGGGGAUGGGGAGCGGCGGAGAGGCCGCGACGCAGGCCCCAGGGCAGCAGAGCCAGCGAGGAAGGAGCCGAAUGUGGCGCCGGAGAGACCAUCCCCACCCUCGCCGACUCCAUGUUCUAAGGCCAGGAAGGAGCCGACCUCAGCGUCGUCAGGAGUCAUCCCAGAAAUGCCCGCUACCAAGCAGGGGGCACCGGGGAGACCCUCUUAA